AUGGCCGAAACAACAGGUUACUCCGGGCCACCCCACGCCCCGUCCCCAAUCCUGCGGGCACUGCCCGGUGUCCCGACCAGUCUUCGCCCCAUCUCCCCACAGCAGUGGGUUGUCCACAUUAAAAACCCGCACUUGGACUUGAUGGAGGAGGACCUUCUGUACCACUUGCACUUGGGAACAAAGACGCACAACCUGCCGGCAAUGUUUGGGGACAUAAAGUUUGUCUCCGCUGGCGGCAGCCCAAACAGGAUGAGGGCACUUGCCCAGUUCAUGCACAAGGUGCUGGGACCGGCGAGCGACGGGGAGGACCUGGCCGACACCUGUGCGGGGACGGACCCGUAUGCCACGUACCGGGCUGGGCCGGUGCUCUCCACCAGCCACGGGAUGGGCAUCCCUUCCAUUUCCAUCAUGCUUCAUGAACUAAUCAAACUGCUGCACCAUGCAAAAUGCCAAGAUGUUACUAUUAUAUGCAUUGGUACUUCUGGAGGCUUAGGGAUCGAGGCUGAGUCUGUUGUGAUCGUGGACGUGGCGGUGGACUCCUCUUUCAAGCUACGGUUUGAGCAGGUGGUGCUGGAUGACGUGGUGGUGCGGAACACUGAGCAGGACAGGGACCUCAUGAAGGAACUACUAGCCUGCAGCAAGGAGGUUUCUGACUUUCCCACGCUCGUUGGCCGUACCAUGUGCACCUAUGACUUUUACGAAGGUCAGGGGAGAUUAGACGGAGCACUGCGCUCUUUUUCCAGUGAAAAAAAGUUAGAGUACUUAAAAAGAGCUUAUGAUGCCGGCAUGAGGAACACUGAAAUGGAGUCCACGGCGUUCGCCGCCCUGUGCGGGCUGUGUGGCCUGAAAGGCGAGUCCUCCCGUGGCCGCUUCCGCAUCCUUCCCGCACACCCCGGCUUAACCCGACCUGAGGGUUCAGUUUGGUGCGAGACGCAGACAACCUGA